AAAACCAAAACAGUCUUACUUUUCGUGCGAGAUAUUGCUCGUAACAUUUUGUGAAUUCACGAUAAUUUUUCAAGCAAUCGCAGUUCUGAAUAAUGAUAGAAAUCACAGCUCGGUUGAUACGUGAUCAAAGUGCAGUUUUUCUGUGUGGAGAAACAGUGGAAUGUUUGAUAACAUUUACAAAUCCUUCUCUGCCUGAGCAUAGAAUUAGCCAAAGUAACAGUGAUAUUCUGGAGAAUUUGGCAUGGGCUACCGUACAAAUCCAUUGCUAUUGCAAUUCAACCGUCCAGGAUCGGGGCGGUUCCGGUACGGAAGCGACGAGUUCUUUGAAUAGGAACUUUAUCGGUUCAACGUCUCUCAAUGCUAGCAAUCAGCUGAAAGGCGAGGUGCUCAAGUCCACGGAUCCUAAAAUUCUGUUUUGCGACCUACGUUUGUCACCUGGAGAAUCUCGGCAAUUUAUGUUCCGUGAAACACUGUCCAUGAAUACUCCACCAACAUACCGUGGUGUGAUGGUAAAGUAUUACUAUAAGAUAACGGUAGCCACGCAACGCGUCGGAACCACGGUACAGGCAUUGCAUAUUCCAAUUCGCGUGCUUCCACUGCCUCCGAUUAAUUGCAGCGACGAGGCCAUAACCUUGAAUGAUGAAUCUAACGAAGACCUUGCACCGAAUAACCCUUUUAUCGAGAAGAAGAAAGCACCCUCAAAGAUCGAAUACGCGUUGCAUUACCUUCAGAACAUAACCGCCCGAAGGAGGCCAAAUUUUUAUUUGAUCUCGAACAAAAGAGGCAAAGUUGGUCGAUUCUGCCUGUUCAAACCCAUCUACAAGCUUGGCGAAGACAUUGUCGGAACGUUGGACUUCAGUUGCGGAACCGUGAAGUGUGCGCAAUUAUCCGUCACGUUGCAAUGCGAGGAAAUCAUCAAAAGGAAAAAUGCGAAAGCGCCCGAACAGCCAGCGCCCGCUUCCAGUCAAGAGAAAGAGAGCACCUCUGGUUCGGUUGGACGGAUUACGAACUACACGAAACACCACGAAGUGUGUCUAGGGCUGCUGCAAACGCAGAUGAUACUGCCCAUUCCGUUGCACGUUACGCCGACGUUUGAAACCGACCUGGUGGAUGUGAGGUGGCGAUUGCAUUUUCAAUUUGUUACCAGCACCAAUGAUGAGUUGAAUAUGGAAGUUGAUAAGGAAACUCUGGAGUGGCAAGCGCCUACCGAUAUUUCCAUCGAAACUAUGAUUUGGAACCUGCCGGUCACAUUGUACCCCACGGCUCCGGUACAGAUUCCGCAAGCCAGCGGAACGUUUACGUUGAAUAUUAAGUAGGAAGCGAACUUGAAGUAAUCGUAAUCUAUAUAACGUUCAAUCUAAUAAAAUAAAAUUACUAACCAUCCUCGUUCUAUACCUUA